AUGCGACCCGUGAGCCCAUCUUGACUCAAUCAUAUAUAUACAUACACGCUCGCCUCUCUGUGUAUAUAAUUUCACACCUCCUUCUGUUUCCUAGUAUUUCUACACCCACCAUUUUCUCGACUCUCUCUCUCUCCCCUAUAUUUCUUGGUCUUAUUAUAUAUUUUUACAUAGAUUUUCACGUGAAUAUUUAAAUAAUUUUUUCUGGGUUCUUGUUGAAAUCCCGUGAAGCUCUUGUUAUAGCUGUGGUGAAUCUUUGUCUCUAGCUAUAAUGACGGAAUCUCGCGCGUUAGAUCAAAUUAAGGAUCUGACGCUUAAUUCCAAUGGAGGGGAACAAAAAGAUAGUCCGCUGGUUAUAGCCUUUGGUGAAUUGUUGAUUGACUUUGUGCCUACAGUUGGCGGGGUUUCACUUGCAGAAGCGCCUGCAUUCAAAAAAGCUCCUGGUGGUGCUCCUGCUAAUGUCGCUGUUGGUAUAUCACGGUUGGGAGGUUCUUCAGCUUUUGUAGGCAAGGUGGGGGAUGAUGAAUUCGGGUACAUGUUAGCUGACAUUUUGAAGCAAAACAAGGUCAACACCUCUGGCAUGCGAUUUGACCCAUCUGCGAGGACAGCUCUAGCAUUUGUUACAUUGCGGUCUGAUGGCGAGCGCGAAUUUCUGUUUUUCCGUCAUCCUAGCGCAGAUAUGCUUCUUCGUGAAUCAGAACUUGAGAGAAAUCUUAUCAAGCAGGCUAAAGUCUUUCAUUAUGGUUCGAUUAGUUUGAUUGAAGAACCAUGUAGGUCUGCUCAUCUUGCUGCAAUGGCAAUUGCUAAAGAAUCUGGAAGCAUUCUCUCUUAUGAUCCCAAUUUAAGGUUAGCGUUAUGGCCCUCUGCUGAUGCUGCUCGCGAGGGUAUAAUGAGCAUAUGGGACAAAGCAGACAUUAUUAAGAUAAGUGAGGAUGAAAUCUCAUUCCUAACUGGAGGUGAAGAUCCUUAUGAUGAUAAUGUGGUCUUAACAAAGCUGUAUCACUCCAAUCUUAAGCUAUUGCUUGUAAGUGAAGGGGCAGCAGGUUGCAGAUAUUAUACUAAGCAAUUAAAGGGUCGGGUUUCUGGUGUUAAAGUGAAACCUGUGGACACAACUGGUGCUGGCGAUGCAUUUGUUGCUGGUUUCCUGUACUGCUUUGCUUCUGACAUGAACCUUUACCAGGACGAGAAGAAACUAAGAGACGCCCUUCUUUUCGCAAAUGCUUGUGGUGCUGUAACCGUAACAGAGAGAGGAGCAAUCCCUGCCAUGCCUACGAAGGAGGCAGUCCUGCAAAUCUUGGCAAAACAUGCUGGGUGAGGAGGAAACGACAGAGAAACUCCUGCAUCUUUUUGUACAUGUUUUGUUAAGCUACUGUAAAAUCCGAAGGUUCCUGCUCUGGAAGCAAAAAAUCACAUCCCGAUGCAAUUUUCAGUCAGUUCUACCAUAUCUUUCCCUUUCCUUUGUGAGAAUCUGUAGGGAAAUCCCAAUAAAUACCAUAAACUCUGAAAUAUGUAAGGUGGUUCGCCAUAGGUGUAAUCAUUACAUGUAGAAGGAAACACAGAAAGCGGAGCUAUACUAUGUGUUUGUAUGGUUACUCUAGAAUCUAAUGGAGAACAUUGCUUUGAUGAACACAUUGAGAAGUCUAGGAACAUAUAGUAAACUUUAUUUCAUAUACACGGAUGUCUAUUUCCUUUUA